CUCUCGCUCGGCACUGCUUCUGGCUCCAGGAACUUGCAGAGCCCUAUGCAUUUCCCUUUACUCGAUCUCGUGGUCAUUCACCAAGAGAAUGAAUACAUGCAAGGAGAGUUUCGUCCCGUUGGAUUUAAUGCCAGGAUUUCCCUCCGAAGCAUGGUGGAAGGAUCACCGUUGUUUAUCCCACAUGUCCCUACGUCAAAACCUUACAGUGAAUUUCACUGAGCACCCACUAUCCCGACUAUGCCUCUCUCACCGCAGGUUGCACAAGAAAUCAGAAGCAUCGUCGAUGAUGCUGUUGUCGACCCUAACCACGUACCCGGAACGACUGUAGUAGUCGUCGACCGCAGCGGCACCGAGCACAUCGCACACUCUGCGGGGAAGCGCGGAAUAUCAUCCAACGAGCCAAUGACCAUGGAAACUGUAUACUGGAUGGCGUCCUGCACAAAAAUGAUCGUGGGAGUCGCAUGUAUGCAGCUGGUAGAGAGGGAUCUCCUCAAGCUGGAUGACUCUGACCACCUGGAGAAGUUGUGCCCAGAACUAGCUGACGUCAAGGUCCUGAGUGUAGAGGGGAAGCUUGUGGAGAAGAAACGAUGGAUCACUCUUCGCAUGUUGCUGACGCACACGUCCGGGUUUGGAUACGCAUUCUUGAACGAGCGAUUGCGAAACUGGAGUCUCCCUGCUGGGAUAGACGAGUUUUCGGGAAGCAUCCAAGACAUGAAGCAACCGUCGGUAUUCCAACCAGGAGAAUCAUGGGAGUAUGGUAUCGGCAUCGACUGGGCCGGCAUUGCUCUGGAGCGGGCUUCCAACACGAAGCUCAACGACUAUAUCCAGGUCAACGUUUGUCAGCCGCUCAACUUGCGUAGCGUCAACAUGGUUCCGACCCUGGAGAUGAAGAAGGGAUUGGCUUAUAUGCACUCCAGAGAGCGUGGAGGCAACAUCGUCGCUCGGAAACACCCUCUUCAUCUUCCGCUGGUUGUUAAGUCGGAAUUGGAGAACCACGCUUGCUUUAAAAGUGGUGGCGCUGGAAUAUUUGCAAACCCUCGAGAAUACACCCGCAUAUUAGCGGUCUUUUUGAACGACGGCACCUGUCCGCUCACGAAAGCUCGAAUCUUAAAGAAAGAAACGGUUAACGAGAUGUUCACGGACCAGAUUCCGGAUGUUCCUGGCUCUGCCGAGAGCGGUGUUCAAGGCGCCAAAACCAAGUUGAGCAACAUGCUUCCUGAGCUCUCUGCAGUUCUCGGUGGCUCGCCCCGAGGAUGGGGCUUGACGUUUAUGAUCUCAGGGGGCAAAACUGGACGAUCCAACAAAACCGCCUGGUGGGUGGGGUUGCCGAACUUAUUCUGGUGGUGUGACAGAGAGAACGGUGUUGCUGGGAUGAUCUGUUCUCAGAUUUUGCCGUUUGGCGAUCGAGCAGUUGUCGAACUUUGGUCUAAAGUAGAAACCACGGUCUAUGAGGGACUUCGUGCUACGACCAAGGAUGGACUUCCGUUGUGAGUCUGGUUCUUGUGUCGGGGUGGUGUCGAAAUGUUUGUUGUCUUCAACUGAGCACACACACAGAGUUUAUUACGCCCUGGCUAAGCCAUAAAGGGCUCUUACGUCUAUCUUACAUGCUACCAUUAUUGAUUGUCUACCCUGGUCUCAAAAUAAGCCCCAUAUAUAAGAUCCACUUCCGUCUGCGUCAUCUUUGAUUACUCCUUCCGAUGAUUGCGAUUUCUCGU